AUGGCGCAACAGCAACAACAACUCCCACAACUAUUCGGCAUAAUCCCAACCUCCCACCCCUGCCUCACGCUCCCCACCUCCGCGCCCACCCCAACCUCCUACCUCUACACCCUCCCCCUCCCCUCUUCCCGACCCUUCUCCCACAUAACCGUCUUCCUCCUCCCAGGCAUAACCCUCCCGCCCGCCACCGCGGCCGCGGUAUACAUCUCUCUCCCCUCCUCCUCCACCCAAUCCAACCAACCGAGCCAGCCACAAUUCAGAUUCCUCGGCGGCAUCGGGCCCGGCAAGGAGAGUGCUGUGUUUAAAAUCUCUGGGCUAGGGGCAGGGGGAGCUGGGGGAGGCGGAAAUGGCGGAGGGGCGGGAGGGGAAGUGGAUAUGGAUUCCGAUAUCCCGAGUAGCAGUAGUAGUAGUAGCGGCGAAAUAACGUUAGGAAUAUCACUCGAGUCCGCGGAUUCCGUAUCCGCACAAAUAUCCGCUCUCCACUCCACCACCUCCACCACCUCCUCUACCUCCAACCCCUCCUCCUCCGACUCUCAAGCCAUGAUCUUAGCCCGAGUAGGAGGAGGAAACACAAACCAAGAAACAACAGUCAAACUCGCCCAAAAGAUAAUCAAAAACGCGUUUAACUUCCUCGCGAGCUUUAGCGGGAAUACGGCGAAUGGGAUCGAGGUCGUGCCGUUGAAGGCGUUUGAGGAGUGGUGGCGGAAGUUUGAGGGGAGGGUUCGGAGUGAUGCUGGGUUUCUUGAGAGGGGGGAGGGGGAUUGA